AUGCUUAUCAAAACUAUUUUGUGCGUUAGAAGAUACCCAUUUAGAAUUUAUCCAAGUACCAAAUCUUUAGGUCACAGAAAUUUAUCUACUCAGCUUUUUUUGGUGUUUACGGUCAAUACUUUAUUGCUUAUAGGAGCAAAUACGCCAUAUGAACCGCAACCCACAAGCUACGAUUAUGAUGCACCUUUAUCUGAAGCUGGAGACCUGACAGAUAAAUAUUUUGCCAUUCGAGAGGUUAUAAAAAAGUAUAAGAAAAUCCCUGAAGGUCCUAUCCCACCAACAGCACCCAAAUAUGCUUAUGGAGAAAUAUAUGUGGAAAAGGUUAAAACUGUCCUGGAAGCACUUGAUAUUUUGUUGUCAUAUGGACCUUUUAAAAGUACAUAUCCAUUAACAUUUGAUGAAAUUAAAACAGUACCAAGGCUUUGUACUGUACAGAACAAUGCUACCCAGAAGCUGCAAGAACCCUACAGCACUUGCUUCUUUAUUCAAUGGAGUUCGGGAUCGAGCGUAUGUCACUGUUAAUGGGGUUUUCCAAGGCAUUUUAGAGCGAGACAAAGAGAUGUCCAUAAAUAUAACUGGAACCCAAGGAGCUCAACUUGACCUGCUGGUGGAAAGUAUGGGUAGAGUUAACUUUGGAAGAUAUAACAACGACUUCAAGGGUUUGCUUACCAACCUGACUCUUGAUGGAGAAAUUCUGGCUAACUGGACAAUGUAUCCCUUAGAUAUAGAUAGUGCAGUAAUCAGUGGACAUUUGCUGAAAACAUCUCUGAACACAUCGAAUAGUACAUCACCAACAUUUUACAAAGGCAGCUUUCUUAUUCCCAGUGGCAUUCCAGACUUGCCUCAGGACACAUUUAUUAAAUUUCCUGGAUGGACAAAGGGACAGAUUUGGAUCAAUGGCUUCAAUCUGGGACGCUACUGGCCAGCUAGAGGACCUCAAGUGACAUUAUAUGUUCCUAUGCACAUUUUAACGACAUCUUCAUUGAAUAAUGUCACAGUAUUGGAGCUUGAACAUUCUCCUUGUGAUACCGGAAAAUGCAUUGUAGAAUUUGUGGACAGGCCAAUUCUUUCCAAAAGUAAAACCUUUAUUAGACAGGAACAAAUCUUUAAAAGAACGUGA